CGCAACAAUCGGUUAGAAGCCAGCUGAAUAGAUAAGACGUGUACUAUACAGUGGAAUUUUAGUUAUAUAACUUGCAGUUUUAGAUUUAAUUGUAUUAUGUAUAGUGUGUAAGUUAAUGGAAGUUCUUGUUGAUGAGGUAAUUAAGGUGAAAUUAACAAAGCAGAAGUAGGUCGUUAUAUUGGCGUAAGGAAAUUAGUUUAUUAAAGCAUACGACAUACAUGUGUAUUCAAAAUUUGAUUAAAAAUAAAAUGACUAUGAAUACGAUUACAAAUGAUAGUUUAUUAUAUUUAAACAUUGGCCUAAGUUUUCACAAAUCAACUUCAAAUUCGUAAGGCUAAGAAUCAUUGCCAUUGGAUAUAUUAUUUUGAUUUGUGUCAUAUCACUUCAAUUUCAAGUUCAACUUUUCACUUUUUUAGCCAAUGCAUGGUGUGUUGGUUUUACUUUUAAUCUAGUAAAACUUGUAUGACUGAUAAUUUCAACAUUUCUGAAGAAAGUGAUCGUUUCCUUUGAUUUAAUAAAGUUAAUGAUGUGAGUGACAAAGACAGUAAGAGUAAGAAUAUCCAAACCAGAAAUAGGAUUGAAGAUAAUUAUAAACGAAAACUUAAAAUUUAAUAUUAUAAACUUAAUUAAAGACAGAUCAGACAGAAGUAGUCAAGAAUAAGUUUCAAAGUUCAACUUCAAGGCUUCAGAAAUUCAGUCUCAGAUAAGUUCAGAAAGUAUAACUAAUACUUAGUAAAAGUAAAAACUGAAAGCAGUGGCAUUGAUUUUGAACACUGAAAUCAUUUUAAGAUGAAAAGAGUGGUCCUGUUUAAAAAUGGUUCACAAAUGGAUGGAAAAGUUGUUCUUUGGUCAGGUUGCCUUAAAGAUCUUUUGUCUAUAGCCAGUACUAAGUUUCAGAUUACUGCAAAGCGCUUAUUCACAUCACAGGGUGGAGAGAUUGAUGAUCCAUCACUUAUCAAAAAUGAAGAGAUACUGUAUGUUUCUGAAGGGGAACCCUUUAAAGCUUUUUCAGAAUCAUCUCCACAGUUUUCACUAUUAAGGCAGUCUCCUGGUAGUCAGGACUGGGUGUUCUUGAAUGUAGGAGGACAGUUGUUUGCAACAACUAGAAGUACAUUAGUCACCAAAGAACCAACUUCCAUGUUGGCCAGAAUGUUUUCUGCACCAGAUGGAUCUUUCAUGUCACCAAGUGCAGUUGACUUCCAAGGGGCAUUUCUGAUUGACCGAAGUCCUGUGUACUUUGAACCCCUUUUGAAUUAUUUGAGGCAUGGUCAGCUGAUCUUGGACAAAAAUGUCAAUCCUGCAGGUGUUUUAGAAGAAGCAAAGUUUUUUGGUAUAGAAUCUGUCACCUUAACCUUAGAAACCAUAAUUCAGGAAGAACAAGGACUAACUGACCACAGUGCACUCUCUAGACGAGACGUUAUCACAUCUUUAGUUUCAACUUCCCAUGUCUCAGAAUUAAGAUUUCAGGGAGUCAAUUUGGAAGGUGCAGACUUAUCAAAGUUAGACCUACGACAUAUCAACUUUAAGUAUGCCAAUCUUCGAAAUUCUACGUUGAAGUGGGCAAACCUGAGCUUCUGCUGUCUGGAGAGAGCUGACCUGUCUCAUGCAAAUCUUGAGGGGGCAGUUCUUUUGGGAGUAAAGAUGUUAUGUGCAAACCUCGAGGGUGCAAUUCUUCAGGGUUGUAACAUGGAAGAUCCUGCUGGUUGUAGAGCUAAUAUGGAAGGAGUUAAUCUUAAAGGAGCAAACCUUGAGGGCAGCCAAAUGGCUGGUGUAAACUUGAGAGUUGCUACAUUGAAGAAUGCCAAUCUACAAAAUUGUGAUCUCCGUGGUGCUGUCCUGGCCGGAGCUGAUCUUGAGAACUGUGAUCUCUCUGGGAGUGACCUACAUGAGGCUAACCUUCGAGGAGCCAAUCUGAAAGAUGCAGCUUUUGAAUUGAUGCUGACUCCUCUUCAUAUGUCUCAAGCUAUUCGAUAAUGGUAAACGAAGCUCUGGGUUUGUCAAGAUUCCAGAGAGAAAGACCAGUGAUCUAAUUUAGUGAGUGCAUGCACUGGCAUAUGGCAUAUGAAAAAAUUGUGGCAACAUAGAAUGAUUGCACUGUCUUUAUGAUUUUCUAAUAUUAAGUAAUUUGUUCUCGCACAGUCAUUUCUUAAUGUUUCUCAUAUAACCAAUAUCAAGUAAAAGGUAGUGAAUGAGUUUACCAGAAUAACGGGUGAACUUUAGCUAUUGCUUCAUGAAAUUCUAAGGAAUAUUUUGUUUAUUUUAUGGUAAUAUGUUCAGGCCUUUACUGCCCUGUUUAAUUCUAACAUUCCUUUUUGAAAGACUUUUAUGUGAUUCUUGUGUUGAGAAAGCUACCUCAUCUAGUUUCCAGCACUGUGUGAUGACUCUCUACGUAAUAGUGAAUGCAUUUUAGAAAUAUCCAUUUUUCCAACACUAUGUGAUUACUCUACAUAAUAGUGAAUAAAUGUGAGAAACAUCCAUCUUUCCAUAACUGUGUGAUAACUUUACAUGAUGGUGAAUGAAUCUUAAAAAUGUCCCUCUUUCCAGCACUGUGUGAUGGCUCUAAAUAAUGGUGAAUAAAUCUGAGAAACAUCCAUCUUUCCAUAACUGUGUGAUGACUUUACAUGAUGGUGAAUGAAUCUUAAAAAUGUCCCUCUUUCCAGCACUGUGUGAUGGCUCUAAAUAAUGGUGAAUAAAUCUGAGAAACAUCCAUCUUUCCAUAACUGUGUGAUGACUUUACAUGAUGGUGAAUGAAUCUUAAAAAUGUCCCUCUUUCCAGCACUGUGUGAUGACUAUAUAUAAUGGUGAAUGGAUCUGGGAGAACAUAUGGAACUUCAAAGGAGCUUUUCAAAAAGCCUUUUAAUGCAUCAGUUAACAUUUGUGUCCAUGAUUUUUGUAUCUACUUACCUAUUAGUUAUUAUUUUUAUUGAUUUUGACCAGGAAAUGUAAUGUUAAAUUGUCAGUCAUAAAAAAACAACAAGGAUAGGGAUGGUUGAAGCCCAAGAAUGACCCAUAAAACAUGUAUGGUUGUGUUCCCUUGCCUGUUUUAAUGGAUUCACUGAUUUUUAACAAACUAUGUAUCAAGUAAGGAAGCACUUGUAAAUUAUUAUAAUUAUUAUGUAUUGAGGAAUUAUAUUUGUAUUUUCAUACAUGUAUUCACAUUUGUUCUGAUGCUAUCUUAGCAUCUUUCUAGUCAUGAUUGUUUUUCAGGAGAUAAGCCUGUUAAAUUAAGAAAUGCCAAUAAAUUCAUAGUUUGUAGGUACAUUUUGUAUAUAUUGUUGCUAUACAGUGUACUUUCCUCUAGAAAUGACGUCAUGCAUCCGGGCAAUUAUUUCUCUGUCCGCCAUCUUUUAGGGCACGCCAAAAUGCAACACACAUCUCAUUAUACAAGCUUCGGUAAAUGUCGGCGAGGAUAUUACAAUGGUUAAUGCCUGUAGUAUUGUUUAAUGUCACAAUAGGUCAGAUCGAGAUUUAAAAAAUCAUAUCAUUCAAUUCCCGCAGUUCUGAAAAAUCAGGGUGAUGAAACCUGUGAUUUGUCAGAGAAAUAAAGAUAAUUGUGGACAGUUCGUCUGAAUAAAGCAGAUUUUGAGGUGUCGAACCAUACGAAGAUUUGUGGUGACCACUUUAUUUCUAUCUACAAAGUGGCAUCUGAAACGAAUAUAACAUGAGAAUUAAAAAAUACAAUAUAUACAAAAUGAUUUACACCUCAAAACAUUUUAAUGUACAAAUGAUUCAUCGCAUUUAUUUGAAACAAAAGUUAUACUUUCUUCUCAACAAAAUGAUGUCAAAGCCAACAUGUAUAUCUCACUUUUCAUUUUUUUUCAUGUUCACACCCCCAUCUUCUUGCAGCUGUAGUGACCUUAUUAGUAUGGGGGUAACAUAUGUUCUUAAUAAGACUUUGUGCUGGCUUAUCAAGAGAUGGUCUACAAAAGAAAAACUGUAACACAUUCUGUCCUAAACCUGUACCACUAUUUGCAGCAUGUUCUGUCGUAACAGUAAGAUUAUCACUUAUUGGCCUAUAGUGUUUUAUCAAAUCACACCUAUCCAUAUCAAAACAAUCUUAUUGGCCUAUAGUGUUUUAUCAAAUCACACCUAUCCAUAUCAAAACAAUCUAAUUGGCCUAUAGUGUUUUAUCAAAUCGCACCUAUCCAUGUCAAAACAAUCCUAUUGGCCUACAUUGUUUUAUCAGAUCACACCUAUCCAUAUCAAAACAAUCCCAUUGGCCUACAGUGUUUUAUCAAAUCACACCUAUCCAUAUCAAAACAAUCUUAUUGGCCUACAGUGUUUUAUAAAAUCACACCUAUCCAUAUCAAAACAAUCUUAUUGGCCUACAGUGUUUUAUAAAAUCACACCUAUACAUAUCAAAACAAUCUUAUUGGCCUACAAACAAUGAUCAUUAUCUUGUUCAAGCAAGCGCUUGUCUUUCAUCCAACCACAAGUGAAAUAAUUGUAGGAUUCCAGAGAUUUAUAUGCCUUCAAGUUGUUUAUUUACCAAAUAAUUGACUAUGUCUGGAUAUGAAAUAUUGGGAAACUCCAUUCUUUGCUGUUGGCGUGAAUCUCAUUUGGAUCUUCUACCCUCCCCCUCCACAACAACUUUGAUUUUUUCUUCGUAUCUUUUCCUAGUGAACAUGUCUAAAGUGUCGGUAUACUUAAAUUUUUCUUUAUCCUUUGAUCCUUUUUCAUAUUUAGUAGCUAUAAUCUCCUAGAUAAACAAAGCUUAAGGAUUCCUGAACGGGAAUGACAUAUAACCAGGGGUGGUCAGAAACUUCCUCUUCUCUUAACCCCACUUCAUAAAUAGAAUUAAGUGGCCGAGGCUUUUAACCCGAGAAAACCCACUUUCACUGCCAGGGCACCGAAUGAGAUACCCUGACAGUGCCCGGAAAAAACUGUGGAAAAAGAUAUUGUGUUAGACCAUUUGGCUUAAAUUUCACACACGUGUGGCUGCAGGUGGUUAUCGAAGGCUGGAUGGGUAGAGAGAUGAUCGUUUAGCUUGAUUGGGCUGUGAUUGAUUAGGCGAAAGAACUGCAUCUUCCGUAACGGGAUGAUGCAAGGUGAUGUGGAGGCUUCGGUUGGUAGGACUUCUGAAGUUUCGUGUCUUGAAGUGGAUAUUUUCAAUCUUAUAGAGUCGGUAUCGUGAUGGUCUUCGGUCUGGAUUCUUCCAUCCUUUUUGGCGAUUCUGGUCUGUGUUUCUUGAUGGGUUAGAAAAUGGAUGUCAUCAGAAGUAGAGGCGUCGCACUUGGUUGAUUGAGGUGACACGGUUUGUGUCUGCUGGUUGUUUGAGUACUGUUGUUCGCUUUCAAGGUUACUUUACUGGUGGUAAUUAGCUGUUCUGUCUCAAGAGCGGUGUAGCAGCAAGAUCAGGAUACAGUCGAUUGUGAUGUGUAGCGGACUUGCAAGAUCUGGUUGUGGUGUCGCCGUUUCUUGUGAUUGGACGUCUUCUUGGUCUUUCGGCUGUAAAGUAGAAAAAGUAGUACGAUAGACCGUGAGUUAGAAUGUGUUCUGUGGUUUUAGAAUUGGUGACUACUUUGUUGUAUCGAGUCGAUUGGCCUGUAAUUCUUGAUUUAAUCUGGUGCACUGCGUGGAUCGAUAAGUCAGGUGUGGCGAGUAGGCUAGACUGGAGGAUGUCUUCUGGGCGGUUUACAAGAUACGGGUGGGUUGGAGUUCCGUGGGAAACAGAGAUAAACUGAAUCUUCGGGGGUGAGGGGUUGAAUAAAAAAUUCCUCCUUGUCUUGGACGGGUCGAUAGCGUCGUUGGGUUUGUGUUUCCUUAGGAAAAUAUUUAUCUUUUGUAGAGAGAAAUCGUUCGGGAUCCCGUCAAUAAUGGCGGGCGAAGCCGUAGGCAAGAGUUGGGUGGGUUGCCUUCCUGCAGGAUAGCUAGCCACUUGGUUAAGGAGCUUGGAGAAUACGUCUUUAUGGCUCGAAGUUUCGUAAAUCUUGCAUAUGGCGGAUCGAUAACCUGGAUGUUAGUCUAUCGGGAACUAUCUAUAGGCUUUUUCAGUACUUUAACCACAAAAUUAAUGUAACUCACAACAUUCAUGAUAAUAUAAUGAAUAAUAAAAGUACAAUUUUUGAUACUUUAAUUACACGUGUGUGUGUAUCUCCAACAAUCAUCUAUAUAAAUAUAACGCUUGGGUUUGCCUGUCCGAAACUUUUUUGCAAGCUUCUCGAUCAAACGCUACAAAUGUGAUAUCGUUAGAAAGGCCUGUAUCCAAAAAGUUUGUAUUGCAUAUUUUUUCAAUUCAGAAUCACCUUACUUGUGUUUUGCUUAGUCAAACUCUUCAAUUCAACGAGUAUGGUACAACAUAAUUGUCAUCACUUUUCACACAAACAACACUUAACCUGUGUGUAAUGCCCUAAAAAAUAAACAUUACACUAAAUACAAUUCCUAAUGUCUUUCUCGACUUAUUUAGGUCUGAAAUGCGCAUUUUGUUAAAAACCAUAUGCUUAGCACUGUGUAAACACGCAAUCGGAUAUUUCUGCAUAUUCAACUAAGUUUGUCUGCAUCACAACUUUACAUUUACUUUACUUUGCAAUAACUUAGCUUCCACUCGGUUCAUAGAGUGUUACAAACACCAUUCAGCUACUUUUUAGGCGCGGCAUAGCGGCUAAUAGAAUGGCUCAGAGUUCUAUUUUUUCAAGUACAAAUUUUCAGCUUAUAAUUCCGUUAUCUCUUGACUGAUUUUAGAUAUAAUUAUAGUUUUGGACUCAGGAGGUCAAACCCUUUCGAGUGAUGUAAUUGAUCAUACCAAAAGUCUCAUGGGUUAAUUUACUGCCUAAAAGAAUUUCAAAUAUAUCUAACAAAAGGGGGGUCUCGUACAUAAAUUUACUCUAAUAUUGCCUAAAAGAAUUUGAAGUUUCCAUCUUGUUUCUUUACUACUGGUUUUAUUUUUCGUGUUUGUGAGUUUCUUUGUUUCAACUCUUAAAACCGUGUCAUACAGUGAACGCUUAUAACGUUUUCAUAGUCUGUACACUAUUAUAAGUACCAUUACUUUACUAUAUUGUUUACGUGUAGUUUUAUUAAAUAAAGUUACGUCUAUGUGAGUUUGUUUGUCUGCCCGCGUAAUUUUUUUUUUUUUUUCAAAUAGACCAGGAUUUGUGGCUUGUGUGGAAUGAUAGAAUAAGGAAAAUUCAAGCGAAGGGCAUGAAAACUAUAGCAAAUGUUUUGCGAAUCGCGGCUAGUAAUAGUAUAAUGAAUAAUAAAAGUAUAAUUUCAGGUACAUUGUGUGCAUCGAUCUUUCCAGACAUUCUGGCUGUAUAAUAUAAAGUGUUAAUUUCAAAAAGCUGUUCUACGUAAUUUUUCAAGUAAGUGUGUUUGUAAAAAGUACCAGAAGUAGAUAAGAGAAAGAUUAUGUACUUCCUUGAAUUAAAAAAUCUUUCAUCUGUCGUA